AUGUCGUCGAUUAUUAAUUAUCUUUUGAUGGCUUUAGUUCUUCUCUGUGCAAGUGGAUUUAUACAAGAAGCCAUGGGUUGGAGAGGUGGUUAUGGUGGUCGUGGAUGGGGAGGUGGUUGGGGACGUGGUUAUGGAGGUGGUUGGGGACGUGGUUAUUAUGGAGGUGGUUGGGGACGUGGUUAUUAUGGAGGUGGAUGGGGCGGUUGGUAUUAUUAA